AGAUAGCUCGCUAUUCUACCCCUCAACCUCAAGCAAUCAUCAUGAUCAUGUCCUCCUCCAUCUUCCCCAUCUCAUCAUUAGUCCCUCACCUCAAUCGACACGGCAAGCACUACUCCUCCAUCGUCCUCUGUCCGCCAAUCCCACCAAAACCGCCGCCGCUGCCUACCACCUCAAGGAAGACCGGAAGAUAAGAAGAGGAUGAGGAAGGUAGAACAAGAAGAUAUGGAUUCCGUCAAGAAGUAGAAACCCUAGCUAGCUACCUUUUCCUUGUCUGAUCCACGGAUUGAGUUAAGGGUUUUCUUUCUUCUUCUUCUUCUUCAUGAAAAGAAUCUUCUUGUUCAGAAUCAUCUUAUUUACUUGGGGAAUGGAAGUAUCAUGGUCCGAUAUUCUCUAGAUCUAUAUAUAUCUCCACAAAAGAUAAUAUAUGUCCGUGGUUUUA